AUGAAGGCCGCUGAGGGAGAGUCCUUAGUCCUGGGGUCGCGGCGCCAUCAGUCUUCAUAUCGGCGGACCAAGCAACGCCUACGCGUCAAACCCGACGCCUCCUUUGGCUCGUCCGCCGAGCACCAGGACCACAUCAUCUACAACCCUCCCUCCAGUGCUCCCAAUGUCUACCAUACGCCAACCAAGUUUCUGCCCCCGGAUGAUGUCCGGCGAGCGAUGCGGCCCGAGGAGCCCGUGAAGCAAGAUGUCGAAAGCCUUCCGGGCGUGUUCAAGAAAGUGCACGAGAAGAAAUACCACCUAAGCCCGUCGGAUAUCCAGGAGAUCCGCAAACUCCGGCUCGAGGACCCGAUGAAAUGGAGCCGCCACAAGCUGGCGAAACGGUUUGACUGCUCGCCCAUGUUUGUUGCCAUGGUCUGUGAAGCCAGCCAGCAGAAGAAGGAGAUCCAGAAGCAGGUCUUGGAGGCCGUCCAAUCCCGCUGGGGUGCGAAGCGACGGAUGGCCAGGGAGGACCGGCAACUGCGCCGGGAGGCCUGGGGACGGGACGCGUAG